AAGCCGCGUCCCUGCUGAGGCCUCCCCAGAGCUGCCAGCCUGACCACAUACUGCUGCUAAUGAACGACCGAACGCCCGACAGGACGCUGCUGACGCUUCAUUUACACCGGGCGUUACCUGACGACGCUAACAACCUAGUUACCCGACAACCACCUCUGGCCCGCUGCGCCGGCACUCCCCCUCCAGCGACCCCUGACGUCAUAGAGAUGACGACCUCUCGCUUAGCGUUAUCCGUACCCGCCGUCUCCCAGCCUGGCAUCUCGCCAAUAACCGCCAUAUUUCUCUCCGAAACGCGCUUCCUUUAUUUAUUUAUUUUAUGACGCGGUAGUGUGGGAGGUAUCAUCCGUACAGCCAAUCAGCAUUCGGAUUUGAGGAAGUGGGCGGUGUCUUUUGACAACUGACGUUUCAGCUGACCCAUCAAGGUUCAGGAAUCUUCAGUGAUGACCAGCUCCUCCCAGCGUAUCCAAAUAAUCUCCACCGACUCUGCCGUAUCAACUCCACAGCGUAUCCAGAUUGUGACAGAUCAGCAGACCGGGCAAAAGAUUCAGAUUGUGACGGCUGUAGAUUCUUCUGCAUCUCCAAAGCAACAGUUUAUCUUGGCCAGCCCUGAUGGAUCUGGAGCAGGAAAGGUGAUACUGGCAACUCCAGAGUCUCCCAAUGCCAAGCAGCUCAUAUUUACCACUGAAAACAUUGUGCCAGGAAGGAUCCAGAUAGUAACAGAUGCCGCCUCCGUGGAGAGACUGUUGGGCAAGGCAGAAAUACAGCGUCCGCAGAUUGUAGAAUAUUGUGUAGUCUGUGGGGACAAAGCAUCAGGUCGUCAUUAUGGUGCCGUUAGUUGUGAAGGAUGUAAGGGCUUCUUCAAGAGAAGUGUCAGGAAGAGCCUGACUUACAGCUGUCGCAGCAGCCAAGACUGCGUUAUUAACAAACACCACAGGAACCGAUGCCAGUUUUGCCGGCUUAAGAAGUGCUUAGAGAUGGGCAUGAAAAUGGAAUCGGUGCAGAGUGAGAGGAAACCUUUCGAUAUUCAGCGGGAGAAACCCUCAAACUGUGCUGCCUCAACAGAGAAGAUCUACAUCCGAAAAGACCUGAGGAGCCCUCACAUAGCCACACCAACAUUUGUGACUGACAAAGAAGGAGGGAGACAAGCAGGACUUCUAGAUCCUGGGAUGUUAGUGAAUAUCCAGCAGCCUCUAAUACGUGAUGACGGCACCGUGGUCUUGUCUGCUGACUCCAAGACAGAGACAAGUCAGAGUGGGCUGGGAACCCUUGCAAAUGUUGUAACGUCCCUCGCCAACCUGACAGAGUCAUUAAAUAAUGGGGACACGUCCGAUGUCCAACAAGAGGACCAAUUCUCCAGUGAGAUUACCCGGGCAUUUGACACCCUAGCAAAAGCACUUAACACAACAGACGCCGGACAGAACUUGUCGGACAGUCUGGACACAGCAGCAGGAGGGAACAUCCAUGUAAUCAGUCGGGAUCAGGCUACACCUAUACUUGAGGUGGAAGGACCGCUCCUCUCAGACACACAUGUCACUUUUAAGCUCACAAUGCCCAGCCCAAUGCCAGAAUAUCUAAACGUUCACUAUAUAUGUGAGUCAGCAUCACGUUUGCUUUUUCUUUCCAUGCACUGGGCUCGCUCUAUACCUGCCUUUCAAGCCCUAGGACUGUCCAUUUCAUUCAGGCAGGAUUGUAACACAAGCCUUGUACGUGCCUGUUGGAACGAGCUGUUCACCCUGGGUCUUGCACAGUGUUCACAGGUGAUGAGCCUCUCUACCAUUCUUGCUGCCAUAGUCAACCAUCUUCAAAACAGCAUACAGGAAGAUAAACUUUCUGGUGACAGAAUAAAACAAGUGAUGGAACACAUAUGGAAGCUCCAGGAAUUCUGUAACAGUAUGGCAAAACUGGACAUUGAUGGCUAUGAAUAUGCCUAUCUUAAGGCUGUGGUACUCUUCAGCCCAGAUCACCCAGGUCUCACCAGUACAGUGCAGAUUGAGAAGUUUCAGGAAAAGGCACAAAUGGAGCUUCAAGAUUAUGUACAGAAAACAUACCCAGAGGACACAUACAGACUGGCCCGAAUCCUGGUGCGACUUCCAGCUCUCAGACUUAUGAGCUCCAACAUCACGGAGGAACUUUUUUUUACCGGCCUUAUAGGCAACGUACCCAUUGACAGCAUCAUCCCAUACAUCUUAAAGAUGGAGACAGCAGAAUACAAUGGGCAGAUUACAGGGACCAAUGUAUAGCCGGAACUAGCACUUGCGCACGGAUCAAGCACUUUUCAACGUACCCUUCCAGGGCGUGAGAAAGCGCACUAACAUUUGGGGAACACAUACCUAGAUCCCAUUCAAGGGUAAACGCUGCCCCCUCCUUUAUUUCCUCAGCCAGUGAACAUUUCAAUAACCUUUACCUUUUUCCAUUUGUGGACAGAAACACAGUUAACAGCCAUAAACAGAUUAUCAGGUAGGAGCAUAUAUCUGUUACACUUCAAUGUUUUCUAGCUGUGUACCGUUAUAUAUCCCAAUGGACGCAGUAGCGAUUUCCAGGUACCCGCCAGUGGCAUUUCAUAGUAAGACAGUUGGUAACUAAGUUAGUAAGGUUCAUUUCAUUUCUCAGAGGUAAAACAGUCAAGUAUCUUUUAUCUCAAUAAAGUUUAAUCAGUGUUUUAUGAAAAGUUCUGCAACUUUCUAAUAUAUUUUGUGCCCCAAUUCCUAACCCUAUUCAAAAUCUCUACCUGCUGCCAAUGACUAGAAAUAUUCCUGUGUACAUCCAGAGGCUGAAAACUUGUACAGGCUGGGAGCUUGCUAUAAUUCUUUUCAGGCUAGACAUUACACUCCAGGCUGAUGUAUUUGACCUGCAGUGAUAUGUUGUUACAAACAGUCUAAACAGAAGAAAUUUGUGUUGCUGAUAGAGAACAGGAGGAUUGUGUAGACUUGAUACAGUCCCUUGAUGUAAAAAAAGUAUGUUUCCAUUCACUGAUUGCAAGCAGAGAUCUUGAUCCACAAUAUACAUUAUAAUAUUGCAGAGCUUAUAUAUUUAUUAAAGGGGUUGUCUGGCCCCACAAAAUUCUUGAGGGUAGGAUGAAGCUGCCAUUAAAAAAAAAAAAAAGUGAUACUUCCCUGCCUUGAUCGCUUGCUGCGUCAAUCCCGAUCGUGCCGAUCCUGGGCAAUUACUACUACCUGCCCACUCGGCCAACCAUUAACUGUAGCAUUGACCUGCAUUGAUAAAACAUUUCUAAGACACAUUGGCCAGUGUCAUUUCAGAUUGGUUUAGACAUUUCUCAUACCAGACAGUGCACUAUGGGCUGUAUACUAACCCGUGAACCAGUGCAGAGCACCUCAAAACAACCAACCAAUUGUCAAAACAAAAGUCCUACAUUAACAAGUUGAGUAACUUAGUUAGUAGAUGUAAGCAUUCUUUUCUCCAUUCACAUCCAGAUCUGCUUUAAAAAAAAUCACCUUCUCCUCUAGUAGUCAUGUGACUUACCAGCUUGGUUAUAAUUGUGUAAUGUCAACUGAUUUCCCACAAUGCAUUGCUCUUAGUGGACCACAGAAAUUUUAUUUUGUUUUAAAUGUGACAUGUGAAGGGAACACAUUACUAAAGAUCAGUAGAAGGCGAGGAAAGCAAAUGACUUGCAAUACAGAUCAGUCAACAUUUUGUGUAGAUUUGUCCCAUGAAAUGAUGCACUUGGCGCCCUCCAUUUUCACCCCCCUUUGUCUGUAGACAAAUGCUCUUAUGACUUUAAUCAUCUAUUCUUUUCUAUUUACUUUUUUAGGAGAAAUCAAUGUGUUGCCGCCGCAGUUACAGCACCCCUAUAAUAAAUCAUGUACACGGUAAAAUUCCUUCAAUACGAUUUUAAAGGGGUUCCCAGUUUUAAGUAAAUAAGGAUCGCUCAUUGUUUAAUAAAACACUUCAAAACUUUUUGAUAGAUGUUACAUCCCACUGUUUUCAAGAUCUCUCCCUGCUGUCAGGGAAUGGAAAUAUUCUUGUUUUUCUCCUGAGGGAAUCCAGUGAAUCCAGCCUUAGAAAGCUGGAAAGCCUUGGCAGUAAAGAUUAUCUGGGUUGAGUAUAAGUGCCAUAUUGUUAGAAUCUCUGAAUUAUUGAGUGCUGCAUCAAAGGAAUUUUACUGAAAAUAUGAUAUUAGAAGGAGUGUUACCAGGAUCUUUUGAAAAUAUUGCACCCCUUAGUUCAGUGUUUCCCAUCCAGGGUGCCUCCAGCUGUUGAAAAACUAAUAGGCUGUCCAGGCAUACUGGGAGUUGUAGUUUUGAAACAGCUGGAGGCACCCUGGUUGAGACUCACUGUCUUAGUUGUUUCCUAUAGAGUAUUAUUUUUCAAUUUGUGAUUCUUCAGCUGUUGGAAAACUACAACUCUCAGCAUCCCAUGACAAGUUACAGGUUAAAGAAUACUAACAGAGGCUCCCUUUGACAGAUUCCUUUUACCUUAAUGUAUAUCUACCCAGAUCAUUUAACUUCAACCCCCCCCCCCCCCCCCCAUGUGCCCCUCACUUCUACAGACUGUUAUUAACCUUAAGCACUUUCUUAAGAUGGCUUAUUGUGCAGCUUCUAUUCUCCAGACCUGGUGACAGACAAGUUGCCGCAGGAGUAAACUCCAUAUUUACAGCAGUUCAUAAAAUGCAUCAGACAAUCGUCAAUCCCCGAUCCUUGUUCGUUAUAGGUAAGGAUGAUAAAGUACAUUAAAACUAUAAUUCAGUAUAGAAAGUGAAUUUUAUAAAGUAGUUCAGGGCAGUGGUCCCCAUCAGGUGGCUCUCCAGCUGCGGCAGAAGUAUGACUCCUGUCCUGCCCUGAUAUGUACGUCUUUACAUUUCCAGACAUUUAUUUGCAAAGCAUUUGGUAUCAUUUUGGCCGGUAGCUUUGGUAAGUCGUUCAUUGAGAUUGAAAAGAUCCCAUGUAAAAUGGCCUCCCAGCAGCUGUGGAAGGGUUAAUAGAGCAGCUCAAUAUACCGUCAUGGCCGUAAAUGUUGGCACCCCUGAAAUUUUCUCACAGAAAUGGAUUGCAGUACCACUUGUUUUGCUAUACACAUGUUUAUUCCCUUUGUGUGUAUU